UUUGGCUCUGUCUUUUUAGCAGAGGAAAACCACUUCGGUGGUACCAGUGUGAAUCAUCCACAAUGAUUUCUCCAGUGCUCAUCUUCUUCUCGAGUUUUCUCUGCCAUGUUGCUAUUGCAGGACGGACCUGUCCCAAGCCAGAUGAUUUACCCUUUUCCAUAGUGGUCCCAUUAAAAACAUUCUAUGAGCCAGGAGAGGAGAUUACGUAUUCCUGCAAGCCGGGCUAUGUGUCCCGGGGAGGGAUGAGACGGUUUAUCUGCCCUCUCACAGGAAUGUGGCCCAUCAACACUCUGAAAUGUACACCCAAACAAUGCUCAAUGGAGAAGAUAUCUGAGAUGUCAGUGAUGGAUUAUUUUACUCCUUGAUAGAUUGAAUUUUCCUUUUGCAGGUUUUAUCUGAAUGGUGCUAAUUCUGCCAAGUGCACUGAGGAAGGACAAUGGAGCCCAGGGAUACCUGUCUGUGCUCCCAUCACCUGCCCUCCACCAUCCAUACCUAUGUUUGCAACACUUCGUGUUUAUAAGCCAUCAGCUGGAAACAAUUCGCUCUAUCAGGACACAGCAGUUUUUGAAUGUUUGCCACAACACGCGAUGUUUGGAAAUGAUACAAUUACCUGCACAACACAUGGAAAUUGGACUACGUUACCAGAAUGCAGGGAAGUAAAAUGCCCGUUCCCAUUAAGACCAGACAAUGGAUUUGUGAACUAUCCUGCAAAACCAGCACUUUAUUACAAGGAUAAAGCCACAUUUGGCUGCCAUGAUGGAUAUUCCCUGGAUGGCCCAGAAGAAAUAGAAUGUACCAAACUGGGAAACUGGUCUGCCAUGCCAAGUUGUAAAGCAUCUUGUAAAGUACCUGUGAAAAAGGCCACUGUGGUGUACCAAGGAGAGAGAGUAAAGAUUCAGGAAAAAUUUAAGAAUGGAAUGCUGCAUGGUGAUAAAGUUUCUUUCUUCUGCAAAAAUAAGGAAAAGAAGUGUAGCUAUACAGAGGAUGCUCAGUGUAUAGAUGGCACUAUUGAAGUCCCCAAAUGCUUCAAGGAACACAGUCCUCUGGCUUUUUGGAAAACUGAUGCAUCCGAUGUAAAGCCAUGCUAAAGUGGUUUUCAGAUUCCACAUAAAAUGUCAC